AUUCCGCCCAUUCCUUUUUUGGAACAUACACCUAUUACCAGUACACUCGAAAACAAAUUGAAGCUUUUCUUUCCUUCUACACACAACUUCCGAUACAAACCAUCACCUCCUCUUCUCGUCGCGCAUCGUCUAACCGACAUGGCGCCCUUAAUCGAUCAACUCGCGGCCCAAUUCGCGAAGCGAGACAGAUAUUGCAACAACAGUUACUACAGUGAUCGAUAUGGCAACUGCUACAGUGCUUGGAGCUGGUAUGGACGAUGGAUCUUUGCGGCCGUGGUUAUUGUCCUCGUCCUAGCUAUCUUCCUUAUAUGGGCAUGCGUCAACUCCCGUCGUCGUAGACGCCAAGGACUUCAGCCUAUGUACGGUACAGGUUGGAUGGCUGGUCAACAGGAUGGCGCCCACUACAACAACCCUCAAGGCUACAACAACAAUCCCCCUCCCGCCUACGGCGCGCCGCCCGGACAAUCCUACCCGAUGCAGAAUCAAUACACCGGUACUACUUUCUCGCCCAACGACGGUUACUACGGUCAACAUGAAGGCGUCGUGCAGCCCCCGAAGAACGUGUACAACAACGCGAAUGCUAACAAGAACGACUACGCUCCUCCUGAGGGCCCGCCACCCAACCGAUAAGCUAGCGGUGAAGGAAGUGAGAGGGGUCUGACCGAUAUGGAAUGAGAAUGAGACAUCACAUGCGAAUCAGAUUGGUCGGCUUUGGGGUAUGAAUGAGGCGUUAGAUAAAAAGCUCAAUCGACUGAUUAGUUGGUGCUGAUAAUGAAAUAAUUUCGGUAUGAGGAGU